AGCCUGCCGCAGUGGCUUAGCACUGCUUUGUGCAUGCAGUGACGUACCCGGGCCCGGCCGCCGGUUUCUGACGCCGCUAAACAUCAUGGACAGCGAGUUCCAGCCAUUCAAGUUCCUGCAUUUCGCCGAAAAGCAGUUCGAGGACGACCCCGAGUUGCUCGAGAGGGCCGCCGAUGUCGCCCGCCUUGUAAUGGAGAUGCCUUCACUGCUAGACCCAUGCACACAGCAAAACAAAGGAGGUGCCCGCUGCUGGAUGUUGACUCAAGCGGGACAGUUGAACAAGCUCCUGAACCCAUUCGGCAUCGAGUUUAACAAAGUACGCGAAGGCAGCCUGGACCUCACAAUGACCCAUAAAUAUCCCGUGGCACCCUGCGACCCCAAAGCUGCGGUGCUCUUCCUGGCUACAUUGUGGUUUCUCCGCGAGCACCGCUGUCUCUCUGGCGUCAGCCUGAAUGUGUCGGUGCUGGCGCGCUUUCGCCCGGUGCAGUUCCUGGAGCACAUCACGUUCUCCAAGCGGGUCGUCACAGCCCACCUGAUCGGUGUCGAGGGCAUCGAGCUCCCGUUCAAAGUGUGCCCCCUGGCUUUGCAGCUUGACGAAACGGAGCUGCUGACGCACGUCACCCUCGACAGGGUAACACUGAUGGAAGCAGAGGGUAUCUAUCUCUCCUCGCUGGUGAUUACCAACCACGGGCUCGAGUAUUUGGCCUUUCGGAACGUGACCAUGAAAGACUCCGUCCUGGCCAGACUCGCGCAGGAGUUCAAGGAGCACCGCAGACCGCGAGAGUUCGAGCUCCGAGGGAGGAUCCGUAACAGUGGGACGCGCACUGAAGCGGUCUCGAGGCUGUUGGACACCGCCUUGCAAAUUCUGCGCCUCGAAAUCAUGUGCGACUUCACCCAGCUGUUCGAGAAACUCAAGGACAACACGCAGCUGAGAGAACUUGAGCUCGGACGCUGUUCCCCGGUCUGCGUCUAUCUGGACACACUGGCUUCUGCACUGGCCCAAAACAUGACGCUGCAACUCCUCACUCUCAGCCUCGACAUGUCAUGGAUGCCGCGCACAAGUAGCUCCUGGAAGCACCUGGGAGCCCUGGUUAACAACAGCCGAGGGUUGGAGACUUUGUGUCUCCGUGAUUCGUGUCUCGGAAUACACGCUGUGUCCCCGAUAUGCGAGGCCCUGAGAAGCAACGCGAACCUCCAAACGCUGAACCUGAAGGGCUGCGGAUUCUCCUGCACCGAUGCCCUGAUGUUUGUGCGGGCUCUUUCGCGAAACGCUUCGUCUUGUACGACGCUGAAACUUGGUGUCGUAACGGGAAAAGUGUGCGAACAGGGCCAAUUUUUCCGAGAGAUCCUGACUACUGGACUGGGCGAUCGCGUUCAUUGGGUUUUCUCGUCCUUUUAGGCGGAGACGAUCGCC